UCGACCCUUCCACAACAUCUUCGACUACAACGACUUAGAACUCUUCCGCAACGACUUCGAACCCUUCCUUCUCUUCUUCUCUUCAUCUAUUGAACUCAGCCUUACUGCACACUCUCAUCCAGAAAGCUAGCUGAAAACACCAGCCUUCCAUCGCGGACUCCCAUCAAUAACCGUGGCUUUGGAUAUGACCGUCAUUAAUCAGUACGAGCCCCGCUUCACGCUGACGCUCGUUGGAAUUUUCACUGCCUACUACAUCUUAUGUCGCCCGACGUCUAUCGAUUUCGCCUUCAAGGUCCUCUCCGUGCCUCUCUCCGUGCUCUUCAUGCUCUGUGUGCUCCGCAGAUCGGACGCGCACCUGACGCCUUCUGAUAAUUAUUACUUUAUCUCGUUCUGGGUUGCAUCUCACAAUGUCCACACGAUUGUCUCGGGCUUCGUCAUGUUCCGCACUCUCUUAACUCUGGGCUGGACUUACGUCGACAACAGGAAGGUCAAGGUCGACGAGCUGCGCAAGACUAGUUUCAUAGCCACUACCUGUAUCCUCUGGGCUUUCUCGCUCUGGAUUGCAUUAUACGACCUCAAAUUGAUCACUUUGGGCUUACUUGUGAUCUACGCUCUGCUGUACUGGAUCUAUUACGGCUUAAAUUUUCUAGUCGUUAUCGCUGUAAUAAUCCUCUGGCCUCUGUCGCUCUGGAUGGGAUCGCAGGUAAAUCUCAACUUCAUCACCGUAGGCUUAUCCUUGAUCUGCGGUCCCUUUCUCCUAUACUGGAUCUACACCGACAGCAUCAAGGUCGAGGCCGACAAGCUGCGCAAUUCUAGUGACAUCGCCAAUCUCCUAGCCGUCUUCGCUGCCAUCUACGCCGUUCUCCUCCGCGCCUUUUUCCGCACCUCUUCUCACGUAGUGUUCGGAAAUCACAUCGGCGGCCUCGAGUUCGGCGACUUUAUAGUGCAAUUGAUUAUUUUCAUCGGCGUCAAAUUGGCUUGGCCUGAGGGGAUCGAGCAGAAUGAACCUAAUCGUGCCCAGCAUCUCGAUUUGUCUAUCUGAUAUGGAAAAUAGGCCUCUGAGUACCCGCAAGAGAUGAAUGACGCUUUGACUCUAGCUAGAGUGACGGUUUCUUUGUCUCCUAUAGCUUCAACACAACCCAAUCUGGAGUUUCUUGCUAGUCUUUCCGGCGUUAUCUGUUCCUGGCAGCAGGCCACGCACAAGCAUAUAUAUAGUAUCUUUACCGCCCUUAGGGCACCAUCAUUCCUUACUAUUAUACCAAUAUACACCCAUAUUAUCCGCACA